CCUACCUACGCCUACCACACCUACUACGCCUACCACACCUACUACGCCUACCACACCUACCACGCCUACCACACCUACCACACCUACCACACCUACCACACCUACCUACUACACCUACUACACCUACUACACCUACUACACCUACUACACCUACCAACUUACCUUACCACCUACCUUACUACUGAGAGAGUUACUUACCUCCUCUGUCUCUGUACUUACUCCCUCUCCCUCUCCUCCUCUCCUCCUCUCCUCCUCCCCUUCAACCUACCACAAUCUUAGUAUACUAUACAUACCUGCUAAAUACCGCCAAAUCUCUACCCACCCGUCUCGUCUCUCUAGUACUGAACCAUACUGUACUCUCUCUACUAAACCACCUCUUACCACCAAUACCACCACCACCACCUACUUCACACACACCCCACCCCCCCGGGCUUGUUCCCAUCCUCUCUCCUCCGACGGAUCUCUUUCUCCUCUUUCUUCUCUUCCUCCUCUUUCUUUCUCCUCUCUCUCCCCCUUCUCUUUCUCUUCCUCUUCUACUCAAGAACUCUACAACCGCUCCCACGAUACUGUUUCGCUCACUUACAGUACCCUCUCACCGUCUCCCCUCCCCCUCCCCCUCUCAGCCAACUACCCCCCACGAAACUCUCCCACUCUCUCAGAGACACUCUCCUCCGGACGAUCCACCCUCGAGGACCCCGUACAGUGCACUGUCCCCGCUCCGAGUGAAACCUCCCUCGCUGGGCACCCGCUCCAUACUCUAUUCAGGACAUCUCUCACUCCGCCAAUCCUACCCUCACCGACAAUUCCACCGCACCGAGUCGACUGUCACCACCAACCUUCCCUCAUGAGGUAGCAGACACUCGAUCAUAAACCCUACCCACACAAUACGACGCUGCCUCGAGAGGCCAACGCUCAAUAGACACGCCAACAAACACCUUCCAUACCCUUCCUCCAACCGAGAAGGUGACCGCCCUCAUUGGGAAACACACAUCGACGCCCUUCUUGCGAGUGGAGAGAGGUCAGUCCAUGGCCGAGGCAACGAACCCCGACUUCAUGGAAUACCAAAUGGACAUUGACGACCCAACAAUUACUUCCUCGCAGGCCAUGGCUCAACCAACAUGUCCCUAUCGGCCCACCGCAGACACGCCGAAUGCCCUGGCAGCCUUCCAGUCCAGCUGGGGAUACAACCCUCACCUGGACCCAAACGGACCUUCGUUCGGCUCUCCUUCCCACCCUGGAGGGGCACACUGGCCAGGCAUGUCAUCUCACAAUUCACCACAGCCGGACUCGAGUGCCGGUGGACCUAGCCGCCAGCCUUCACACCCAGGUCACCCCGGAAGCGCUGCUCGCUACAGCCUCACUCCAUUCAACCGCACCCCAGACUUUUCUGGCAGCCAACAGCGCUUCCUGCACCCCGAAGAGAACAGGCACCCUGUACCUCGAGUGCCCGACAUGGAUCGCUUCCACAGUGCGAAUGAGAACAGGCAAGGAGAGAGUCAAAAUGCAGGACCUGUGCCGUCUGUAGCCACGGGAGUUCCAAACUACAGCUCUCCACUGGACGAAGCAACGCAGAGGAGGAAUGAGCUCAUGCAGGCCCAGAUGCCGAGAUCCCAACAAGAACCUCAGUCGAAUAGGAAUACACGCCAGCCUCCCACCCUGACCGUCCAGUCUACGUUCUUCCCCACACAUUUACCGCAGCCUAAUUUCACGGGCAGCAGGAGUCCGUCUCACUUCCAGGGAGUCCAGGGAACUCGGGUCGAGGCAUUCCAGUACACUUCUCGAAGCGUGUCGGGUCCUCCUCCCGCACAACCGCCCCGUCAAAUGACGCAUUUUGAACACGAACAGCGCCGUGCUUGGAUUCACGAGGCGAACCUCGCAUCUGAUUACGGGGAUGAAUCGGACGACGACAGCCUUGACAGCUUCACAAGGCUUGAUCAACGAGAUCCAGGUAACCCGCCGCCAAACUAUGCUGCACAAGGACAGGGGCCUGGCCAGCGUCGACCAGCAAUGAGCUCUGCGGAAGGUGACGAGCGCGAGCUUGCUAUGGAGCGUAACCGGGCAGCCCGGAGAGCAGCUAUAGCAGCUGCAAAGCUGGUUGCAUCCCCGGCCGCUCUGGCAUCACUGGAACCGGUUGAGCUGUCUAGCCUGACGGGAGAUGACCGAAACUGCAUCAUCUGCUACAACGAGUUCGGCAUCAAGAACCCGGACGGAAACAUCGAAUGCGCAGUCCGACUCCCCAAAUGCAAACACAUCUUCGGCGACCACUGCCUGAAACACUGGCUCAAAGACUCGGACAGCUGCCCCUACUGCCGUGACAAGCUACCCUCGGAGCCUAAAAAGAGCCACGCAGAAGAGAUGCGUCGUCUAUUCGUCCUCAACCGCCCCGCAACCUCGAGCGCCCAACAGCACAACGGGCCCAUGACAGCCGAAGAGCGCGCCGCCGCCUUCGCAGCUAUGGAAACCCGUCAUAUGGGACAGGCAUACAUGAACCGUGCACAAGUGCAAUCGCAGCUGCACGCCCUCUACGCUCUCGAAGCACAGAAUCGCGCACGUCUAGAGAAUGCCGCGCUGGAGCAGUCAGAGAUGAUUAUGAGGUAACCCCCCUUGCCACUUCCCACCCCCUCCAGACCCCAGCAUCUGAUUGAUGCCCACGUUUCCGAAAACUGACACGAAUAGGCAUAACAUUCAACGCCAGGAAGAGUGGGCAGCGAUGCACCACUCCCACGGCGUCCCGCUCGGUAACCGCCCAAUGCAGGAUAACGAGACUCGCCGCCGCAACAGGCGCGGGAACAGCAUCCGUAACUCUACCGGCAACAGUGGCGGGGCAGCAGCGCGAUUCUUGGGUGCCGCCGCGCAUCGGUCCGGGUCUACUCCCAAUCCCAAUUCCAGUUCCGGCCCUUCUGCGCAUUCGAAUCCGAAUGGCAACUCGAACUCCCGCCCGCCAGCGAUAACGACCAGGAAUAUCUUCGACACCGCCAACACCGUCGCUGCGAUGCUGGGGCAACCACGCUCUGUGACGCCGCACCCCAGCGUCCUCGAGAAUGGCGGCGCGACACCCGCCUCUCUGGGGAGCAGGAGGUCCUCCCUAUCCGCGGACAACCCAGCCAGGGAUGAGGCACGCGACAUGGCGAGAGCGCAGAUGUUGGGGAUACCGCACCUUCCGCCGACGCAGGUGGGGGAUAUUGAGGCGCAGAUGGCGAUGGCGAGUCCGACUAUUGAGUUGUUUGGGGCGGAGGAGAGGGU